AUGGUGAGUCAAUCCAUAGCAAGUCAUUGGAUGCAUAAGAGGUUCUUGAAAAAGAGCAAUAUCGCAGACGAAAAGUAUGAAGAUGACCUUAUUAAGAGUGUUGUUGAAGAGAGGGAAAGACCAGUACGUCGUGGUUCAAUGAAAGGUCAUAAUUUUGUUCCACGCAAUAUAGCUAAAGGUCACAAAAACCUCUACCGUGACUACUUUGCUGAUCCACCUAUAUUUCCUGAUAAUGUUUUUCGGAGAAGGUUUCGAAUGAGACGUCAUGUUUUUGAUAGAAUUCACAAUGCAGUGCUUUCAUGUGAUCCAUACUUUGUGCAAAAGAGGAAUGCUGUUGGAGCUAUCGGCUUGUCAUCCUAUCAAAAGAUAACUGCUGCACUACGAAUGCUUGCUUAUGGAGUUCCAGCUGAUAAUGUAGAUGAGUAUGUGCGAAUUGGUCAGACUACUACUCUAAAUAGUCUGAAAAGGUUUGUUAAUGCUGUAGUUGUUCUGUUUGGUGAUGAGUACUUGAGAUCACCAAAUAGAAACGACAUAACUAGAUUGCUUUUGAUUGGUGAAAAGCAUGGGUUUCCUGGAAUGUUAGGAAGCAUAGACUGUAUGCAUUGGAGAUGGAAAAAUUGUCCAUCUGCAUGGCAAGGAUCUCACAAUGAUAUCAAUGUGUUAGAUCGAUCUUCUUUAUUUGAUGACCUAGCCGCAGGACGUGCUCCUCCUGUCAACUAUUUAGUGAAUGGCAAACCAUAUAAUAUGGGAUACUACCUUGUUGAUGGUAUAUAUCCGACAUGGGCGACAUUUGUAAAGACAAUACCCGCUCCACAAGGAAAUAAGAAGAAGCACUUUGCUAAACAACAAGAGGGAGCAAGAAAAGAUGUAGAGCGCGCAUUUGGAGUACUCCAAGCACGUUUUGCAAUCGUGCGAGGACCAGCACGUUUAUGGAAUCAAGAGACACUUAAGGAUAUCAUGACAACAUGCAUAAUAAUGCACAAUAUGAUUGUUGAAGACGAGCGGGAUGAUGACCAAUAUAUUAAAGAUAUUAGUCAAGAUCGUGAUUGUGAAACUGAUCAAAUCAUUCAGGAUUAUGAUAUAGUUGGAGAGCCUUCAAAUGUAUUACCAUCAAAUGAGCGAACACAAACACUAAUGGAGUUCAUUGACAACCAUCUCCAUAUUAAAGAUGCUGAGACUCAUUCUAGACUACAAGGUGAUCUUAUCGAACACUUGUGGCAGCUACAUGGAGGAGACUGA